UUCAGCUACCUGGGCAUACUCUCAUCUCACCAGGCUGUCAACCGAAACUCGACAUGGCGAAUUUAAAUGUUUUUCCAGCCAGUUUUUAUGGCGAGCCAGGGGUUCUAGGCAUGUUGGCCAAUGGCAUCAGUGCAUUUCUUGUACUUCUGCAAAACUUCAAUACAGCGCGGACCGGAAUCUUGCCAGUAGGGGUCGAGAACAUACUUGCAGGUGUACACCUUAUUCUGAUCGGUGGAAUUUGCCAAUUGGUCGCUGGGUUGCUUUCCUUUCGCAAAUAUGACCAUUUGAGUGGAACUGCCUUUAUUGGCUAUGCUGCUCUCUGGGGUAGUUAUGGUGCAACAAGAAUAUACAAUGGUGUUGCAACUGGAGCUGUCACAACAACAAUGCAAGCUCAAUAUGAUACGAUGAACAAUAUGUCUACCAACGUGACGAGCAACCUGUCUCUCAUAAAUACAACCUCAGUUCUACCAUUACUGGAAUCAGCAGCUAUUUCUGGCCUGGUGCCAUAUAUCCUCCUUUCAUUUCUCCUUGCAUUUUGCUCUGCCACAGUGAACUACAUCAUGCCCUUUGUGUUCGGAGCAAUCACACUCACAUUAAUCUUUGAAGCAGCGGCACUGGUCGCCAACUCUUGGGCCCUAGUGGUCGCUGGGAUCUUGGAGCUUCUCAUUUUGAUCUUUGCCAUCUAUGGCUCUGCUGCACUUCUGGUCAAAGGGCUGACCCAGCGCCUCGCCCUGAAGGGCUUUGGGACCCCCCUAUUCAAUGUCCUUCUUCUUGGAACACCCAACUCAGCCAGUGCACAGAGCAUCGGCCAGGAAAAGAAGAAGAACACAAAAUAUGCCGAGCCAAUGGCAUUGGGUUCCUUCUGUGACACUGUCUCUUCAUUCAUUUUCGCUUUCUACUGCUUCGGCUACGUGACAUCCUUUGCAUUAGGAGUUGCAUGGGUGUCGAUAAUCUCCGCUGCCCAGCUUUUCGCCACCUACUACGCCCACCUCCGCCAAGACUGCUACCACACUACCAAAUUUGGCCUCCAUGCAACCUAUUGGCUUAUCAAGGCCUGGGAGGAAUUUGUAGCGUCGGUGCUAAUUGAGGAUGCUAAUAAAGUGUCCUCAGGACGGGAAGCAAUGGUGGGGGACUGGUUCUUUGUGGCUGCAGCUUUGGUGCUCUGCGUGGGAAGCCUGAACACAGAUUGCCUGGAGCUGUCCCACAACUUGCUCUUCCUCCUGCUCACAAUCUCCAGCGUCCCUCAGAUACCCCUGCAGGGGUACUAUGUCUUCUUCGGUGUGGCCUGUUCCCUGUUCACCGCGGCCUCCCUCUACGGCACCUUCUCACGCCUCAUCAACACCAUCGCCGAGAAGUCCCUGAUCCCCGUAGGACCCCAGCCCGUCUCCACGGACCAGCUCAAAAGGAUCCUGAGCUGCGGCCGAUCCGACCGCAGAGACCCAGGCGAGUCUCCUCAAAACGACCAGAUCGCAGAUGCACUUUUCUACAUCUCCAACGGAGUGGCGGCUUUCUCUGCGCUGCAUGCCAAAUCGACCAGCGCAAACUCGAGCUUCCUGCACCUGACUGUGCCUUGGGUGUUGAUAUCCGGAGCCGUUAUCCAGGGAUACGUGAGCCAGGUGCAGGUCCGUGGCGGAGGACGCUUUGGGUCUGUCAUCCCUUUCUUCUAUGCCGUGGUGUGGGCCACUUGGACCUGGUUUAGAUUCGCAGGUCUUCUGAUCCAGCUGUCUCCUAUGGAAGCCCCUGGGUUCACAGCAGGUGCUAUUGCAUUCCUGGUAAUCAAUGGAUUUCUUAUGCUUAUCGCCUCAUAUAGGAACUUGGUUUUGUUGUUUUUAACAACAAUCAUGGAGGUGGUACUGGUGUGUUUUCUGCUCUCCACCCUGAGGCAACUUCCAUACGAACUAGAAAUUGCCAUGCUUGUCAUAUUUUCCAUCAUCUGUAUAUAUGGAGCCCUUGCAUCAUUGGUGAAUUGCAUUUUCACACAGAGAAUUCUCCCAAUGGGUCCAACCCUAUUCAAGGAUCAGAAAAAAAAGGAGGAGAAACCUCAGUCCCCUUGCCCUGUGGCUGAAUCCCGGCUCACCAGUGGCCUCUUGAGGAUAACCAAACUCCUGGACGAAGGUGGAGUCUGUGGUAUUCCCACCGACACGGUCUAUGCCCUGGCUGCCUCCUGUAAGAAUCCCCAGGCCAUCGAGAAGAUCUACAACAUCAAAGAUAGACCCGCAGAAAAGCCUAUCUGUAUUUGCAUCUCAAGUGUGGAACAGCUGCUGGCAGCCAAGCCACCCUUCAGCCCUCUGCUGUGGGAGUUCAUGAGGAACGUCUAUCCCGGAGGCAUCAGCUGCAUCGUGAGCAAAGGCGACUGGCUCUACAAACUGGGUGUCGGAGCGGCGUAUGACCGCGUGGGAACCAAGGACAGCAUAAUGAUCCGAGUCCCUGACCACACCGUCACCGGAAAUCUGUGCGAUCUCACCGGACCUCUUGCCAUCACGUCAGCAAAUCCAAGUGGAGAGCCAGACAGCACGCAUCACUCCAUGGUCCUCAGCCGAUUAGGACACAAGAUCCAAGGGGUUUUGUGUGACGGGGACUCUAACGAAGUCGUGGCCUCCACAGUGGUCAACUGCCUGAAGAUAGAUGAAGGUACCAUUGGCAUCGUUAGGGAGGGCUGUGUCCCUGCUGUGAGGGUCCAACAGAUCUUUGAGAGAGUGAAAAGUCGAGUGGUCUGAAUAAUUGCACAGAACCAUUCUGUCUUUAUCAGAGAAUAUCUCGAGAAGUGCUCAUUGGCGGUUUUCUAGAACUAUACCGAUCAACUCACCUCAGGGAUCAUUUAAUAUGAGAACGAUAUAAUAUGUGUUUUUUUGCUUUGCUAGCAGACAACCAUCAGAAGGGGAACUCAUGCUUACCACAGCAAACUUGCCUUAUGUUACAUGAUCAUAACUACCAAAGAAUUUGUGUAAGAUGAUUGUUCUCAUUAUUUAUUGAUUGACAGUAAUUUUUGAUAUCCAUGUAAAUUCAAUGUAUUUGAAAAUAUGUAUUUUUUUUUUUGCUUAUGCUUUUUCUGCAUGUAUACACUAUUGUGUAUACUUUGUGUUAUUAAU